AUGGACCAAAUGUCUAGCAUACCCAUGGAUGUUCCAACUAGAUGGAAUGCAACCUACAAAAUGCUUAAAGGUGCGGAGAAGUACAAGAAAGUGUUUGCCAGAAUAGUGAAAGAAAAUGCUUCUUUUGUGAGUUAUUUCAAUGAGAAAGAUAAGGAUGGAUUGAGGAGGGUGGGGCCAUCGAAUGAAGAGGAUUGGGAGAAGGUGAUUUUUGUGCAUUUUUUGAGUAAGUUUUAUAAUGAUACAUUGUCACUUAAUGCUACUUCUCGCACAUCUUACUUGAUCUUUGUGAUAGUGUUGGACUUGUUGAUUGAUAUUGAUAUGAUUAUUGAUGACAUUGGAAAGGAUGUUGCUACAAUCAAAAAUAUUGUUGGAGAUAAUAAAAAAUGCUUGAAACAGUUGUAUGAUACAUAUAAGGGGGUUUAUGGUCAAGAUCAAUAUUCAACCACCACGAGCAACACCACUCGAGUCAAUACAAAUUCAGGUUCCCAAUCAGGUGGACUUUCUCAUGUUGAGACGAAACUAAAAAGAAAAGGAGAGCAAAUGAAAGUUGUGGAGAUUGCAAAUGAAGUGGAUAAGAGGAUUGCCGAUUCUUUUAGAGCUUCAUUUACUCCAAAGAUGGUAGAGGCAUUAGUGUGUACUAGUGAUUGGCUUAGAGAAAAUGAUUUCAAUUUCUAUAAGAAACCAACGGAUCUUGAAGUUUCUUUGUAUAAGGAUCUUGAAGAAUUUGAAACAAUAUUGCUUGCAGACUACAACAUUUUGUUGGAAAUGUUCUCUUGUUCCUCCUCUAGCCACUAUCACGAGAAACUGUUGAAGUAA